AUGAAAAGUAAAAGAGCACGCGAAGCCGCCACGGCAGCCGAAGAUUUCCUGCCCGUAGACGAUGCGCCGGUCGAGAAGAAGCGCAAGAGAAGCGAUGACGAACCUGCCGAUGACGUGAAGCAGAAGAAGGCCAAGAAGGAUAAAAAGGAUAAGAAGGACAAGAAGAAGGAUAAGAAGGAGAGUAGAAGGGAAAAGAAGGAUAAGCGAAAGGAUUUGCAGGAUUUACCAGAGGAGGAUGGUGGGGACGAGGCAAUGCCGCAAGCUGUUGUGAGCGAGAAGGAGGAGCCUACGGAGCCUAAGAAGGAAAAGAAGAGUAAGGAGAAUAAGAAGGAACAAACGAAUGGCGACGAACCCAAAAAAGAGAAGAAGGAAAAGAAGGAGAAGAAGAACAAGGCUGAAGCGCCUGCCAACGAAGCUGAUGCCGAAAAUGCCAACGCCGAAGGCAAAGCAUCCCGCUACAUUGUCUUCGUGGGCAAUUUACCAUUCACAGCGACGGCCGAGAGCAUAAAAGCGCACUUUGCGAGCCUGAAGCCCAUCUCGGUGCGGUGCAUGAAGAACAAGGAUGACGAUAAGCCCUGUCGGGGGAUUGCGUUUGUGGAAUUCGGCAACGUGUGGACCAUGAGGACGUGUUUGGAUAAAUUCCAUCAUACGGAGUUUGAAGGACGCAAGAUAAACGUUGAGCUGACGGCCGGCGGAGGAGGCAAGACAAAGUUUAGGAAGGAUAAGAUUCGGGAGAAGAAUAAGAAGUUGGAUGAGAAUAGGACGAAGAGGAUUGAGAAGGAGAGGGUUGCGAAGUCGGAGGGUGCUGGUGCGAGGGAGGACGCGUCUGGGAUUCAUCCGAGUCGGUUGGCUAGGGUUCAGGGAGGGGGAUACUAA